GUGUAGCGCGAGGGGGCGGAGUCUGGCUCAGGUGCGUGACGUCAGCACUUCCUGCUCGCGCAGGUAUCUCGGUAUCGGACACACCUGAAGCUCCGGAUCUGACUGCCGCAGUUUUACUCAGAAUCGACGACGCAUUUCCAUCGAAACUGCUUUAAACGACGGUUUAUGUCUGGCUAAUGAGGAAUUACACCGUUCUGGAGGAGACGAGCACUUGUAGAGCUGUUUAAUCGAUUGGUCUUGAAUCAUUUAUACAGGGAUUUUACUGGAGGUUUUGUUCAUUCGGAGAAUGACUCCGGCUCGGCUCUGGUUCUUCUGGACCGCGGUGGUUUUGCAUGUGGCUCCAUCAGAGGCUCAGGAUGAAGGGAAAUGCAUGGAUAAGUUCAGUCUUGGCAAAGAGGAUUUUGUGUUGGACGUAGAUGAAUCUGUGAAGGAAGGGGCCACGUUCCUGAGUUCUCCUCAAGUGUCUCGGCCUGAAGACUGUGUUCUGGCCUGCUGUAAUGAUCCAAACUGUAAUCUGGCUCUGAUUGAACAUGGAGAAAAUCCCAAAAGCAUCAGCUCGUGCUUCAUCUUCAACUGUCUGUACAAACAGAAGAAAGUCUGUCGCUUUGUGAGGAAGAAUGGCUUCAGCAACUACGUUCUGAUAUCUGUUUUUAAAGAUUACCUUGAGCAAAAAAAUUCAGAUUACGUUGUGCAACAGGUGCAAGAUGUGGAGGACAAACAUCCAGUCGCAGUGACCGGGCAGGACAGAGUCGUUCAGCCCAAAGAAGAUGUGGUUCUGAACGGCAUUGAGAGCAAAGACGAUAAAAAGAUUGUAAAAUAUGAGUGGGAAAAGGUGUCUGGAGACCCAUCAGCAGUUAUGACGGAAGGGCCAUUUGAGGAUUCAAUGACAGUCUCCAAUCUUUCUCCGGGGAUGUACAAGUUCAGACUCACGGUCACAGAUGACGCUGAUCAGACAGGAUCGGCCGAGGUGUCUAUUUUGGUCCUGACGCCAGAACAGUCACUCCAUCACUGUCUGGUGCCGAAGAAGGAGGGUCCGUGUCGAGGCUCUUUCCCACGCUGGCACUACAACGCCGUCACAGAGAAAUGUGAGCAGUUCAAGUUUGGAGGCUGCAAACCAAACCGCAACAACUACCUGGUGCUCAACGAAUGCCUGAACGCUUGCGACAAAGUUUCAGCUUCUGCUAAUCCACCGUCUGGAAGAUUAGGUCCGAUCCACGAUCAUCGUGAGCAGUGUGACGUGGUUUGCGGUCCAGAUCAUUUCUCAUGUUCAAAUAAAUGCUGCAUCGAGAAAGAGUUGGAGUGUGACGGGGAACUGCAGUGCAGCGACGGUUCGGACGAGGCUGAAUGCUCCAAACUGGACAGCAAGUUCCGUCGAUUGCUGGAUAUUCCUGUGGACAAAAGCAAAGGUGAUUCACUCUGUUCAGCUGCCAUCGUGAUCGCCAUCAUCCUGGGCUUGGCCAUCGCUGUCCUGCUGGUGGUUAUCGCAUGUUGCCUCCUGAAGGGAAAGAAGAAGCGCAGAAACAAACAUCAGCAUGUGGCCGUUAACGGUGGUCAUGUUCACAGCUAUGAGGAUUCAGAGAAACUCGUCUACAACAGCACAACCAAACCCAUCUGAGCAUUAACUCCGUUUAACAGGACAUCUACUCUUACUGCUGGAGCGUGAUGUGAAAAAUUCAUUUGUAUAUGCAAUAAUUAUUUGAUUUCUUCACUUGUUUUGAGUAGACGGGAUGGAAACUGUGCAGAAAGUUCGUUUGAUUUGCUUGUUUUGAGUUUAAAACGACUUUUAUUACCAGCGGCUUUUUCACUUUUCUUAUUUCUGUCCUUUGCUUUAUAUAUUAGCUUGUUGGAUUUUGCUCAGGGGUGAAUAUGUGUUGCAAUAGCGUGUAAUAAAGCCAGUUUUUAUGACCACAAAAAAUUAAAUCAAGAUUCUUGAGCCAUGUACUUUUAUUUUGCAAUACAGCUGUGCGAAGACUGGAUUGUUUUUUGUUUUUAUUUGAAAUGCUGCCUCUCAUCAGUUAAUUUUAAAGCCAUGUAAACAUUGCAUUACUAUCUAGAAAUUAGUUUUAUAUUUUAGUUUGAGAUAUGAGAUAUUGAUUAAUGGCUCUUUGUUGUGUAAACUCUUGUUUUGUUACAUUACGUUAGCUACAUUAGGAGUUUUAUUUUCUUUCUUUUUUAUUACUAUAUAUUGUUUUUGUUUAGUAAACUGAUGUUUUGGAUUCAGAAAUGACAUUUAUGGUGAAAAAUCAUACCCACACACUGCAAAUUUGUACAUAGACUUUUUUUUUUUAAUGUGUAUCAAAAACUUGCCUGAUGUGUAAACUAUUAAUCAUGGACAGUAUCAAUAAAACUAAUGUGUACAGACUGUG